AUGGCUUCUUUUUCAGUGGAAGAAUUCAUAGGAAAUGGAAUUUUAAAGGGGCUGCUUCAAAAGUUGUUGGAAGAAGGAUGGGAUGAUGUUCCAACUCUGAAGAUUAUGAGUUCAGAGGAAAUGGAUUUGCUACACAUGACACAACAGCAAAAGGACGCACUUGGAAUCAGGUCCUACCUGCAUGAUCGUAGCUUGAUGCAAUAUGCAGAUAAGAUGGAGGACUGUGGAAAAAAUCUGGCAGAGCUUAUCAAUUUAAGCACCACAGAUCUUUCUACUCAGUUCGAAAUGAAGAGAGGCCACAUUGCACGUUUUGUAAACAGAAGAAUAAGUGAAGAUUCUUUUAAAUUGCAUGCACUUGCUGCUAGAAGAAAAAGCAGCACGAUGAUGCAUAGAGACGAUAGCAUUCCCAAAAGUUUUGGAUCUAAUAGCUCUAACAGCUUGACAAGAUCACACAUAAGAAGUAAUGCUGCUUCUGAUGCACUUGAACGAUCAAUGGCUGAAAUGAAGAUUAAAGAAGGAUAUGUCUUUAAGGGUAUUGUAGCGGCUGAACCAGCUGAGCCUAGAGCAUGUGGCUGUGUGAAUCCACCUCCUAUCAGUGACCAAGUUGCUCCUUAUGGUGCUAUUGAAAAUAUUUCAGUUCAGAAACUGACUCCUGAGUAUAAAAUUGGCAUGGACCCAUUGGUGAAAACCAAGGCACCUCCAUUGAAGGCUUCAGAACUAUGGCGAGAAAAACCAGCUGUUUUCCUGUGUCUCCGAAGACCAGGGUGCAUCAUGUGUAGAGCUGAGGCACACCAACUCUAUUCCAGGAAAGCAAUAUUUGAUGCACUUGGGGUUCAACUAUUUGCUGUUCUUCAUGAGCACAUAGAGUCAGAGGUAAAAGAUUUCUGGCCUCGAUACUGGGGUGGUGUUGUGGUUCUUGAUCGAGGUAGGGACUUCUUUAAGGCUCUUGGAGGGGGAAAACUGAACAAGGAGAAGUUCCUUUCAGGAUUUUUGCUGAAUCCUCGAGCACUUUCCAACUACAAGCGUUCAAAAGCAAUGCACAUAGAGUACAAUUUCAAAGGAGAAGGUGAAAUAAAAGGUGGACUCUUUGUAGUAGGGAUGGCAAAGAGUGGCAUAGCUUACCAGUUCAUAGAGAGAAACUUUGGUGAUUGGGCACCCCUAGCUGAAGUCAUUGAGAUCUGUUCUCAGAUGCAGAACCAACAAGAAGGUCAAAGGAUGAGUGUGCAGUACUGA